GGAAGUGGGCGGGUUUGGGACUUUCCUGUUUAGUUAAGCUGUUUGGCAGUUAGAUGGAUCACGAAUUUCCCAGAUUCAGCUGCUGUAAUCAAGAGCCAUGACCGAGGGCACGGGGUCCGCAGCUGCAGACUACAGUGACUACUAUAACUAUGAAUCUGAAAAUAUAGGAUCACCAUGCAAUGAGAGCAACACAAAGGUCUUCAGUGAGGUUGUCUUGCCCGUCCUCUACAGCACAGUUUUCAUCGUUGGUCUGCUGGGAAACGCUCUGGUGCUGUGGGUGCUGGUCAGACACCGUCACAGAUGCAGUCUGACAGACGUGUGUGUGCUCAGUCUGGCCGUGUCUGACCUGCUCUUUCUGGCCUCGCUCCCUGUCUGGGCUCACAGUGCCGUGCACGGGUGGGCUCUCGGCUCAUUCAUGUGUCACACCGUCAGCGUUCUCUUCAUGAUGGGUCUCUACAGCAGCGUCUUCUUCAUGGUCCUCAUGACACUGGAUCGCUACGUCAUCAUCGUCUACAAACACAGCAUCUGCUCCAGAAAACGACCUGCAAAAAUGGCCCUGGCCUUGUUUGUGUGGAUGCUCAGCCUGUUAGCGUCCCUCCCUGAUAUUGUUUUUGCCAAAGUGAAAGAGGACAGAGCAUCCUGCGGAUCUGAAUUUCCUCAAGGUGCAGCCUGGAUGUCGUUUACGUAUCUGAACAUCCUGAGCUUGAUUCUGCCUCUGAUCAUCACGAGCUUCUGCUUUUGCCGGAUCCUCCGCAUUAGAUCAGAAGAAAGGCACAGCAUCGUCAGACUCCUCCUGACUGUGUCGGCCGUUUAUUUCCUCUUCUGGACUCCAUACAACAUCGUCACGUUCCUCAUGUUCCUGCAGACAGAAGGCUUCAUGCCUUCUUGUGAGUGGCGUACUGAUCUGAGUCUUGCCAAGCAGUGGGUGCACGCGAUCGCACUGAUCCACUGCUGCCUCAAUCCCAUCAUCUACAGCUGUGCGGGACAGAAGUUCAGAAGAGCAGUGCUCACAGUCCUGAAGGAGCAGCUUCCAUCCAGCUUCAGCUCUCCACAGUCACCUGAGAGCACAUCUUCUGAUUACUCCUCCACACUGAUCGGAUAGAGAGCAAACACCUUCCUCCAGAGACAGCCUCAUAUUCUUACUCAAAUAAACAAGAUCGAGUGCAGGUGUCUUCGUUAUGUCGUGUCACAGUUUUGUUGAUGUGGAGAAGGAGGAUCUCUUGCACAGGGACACAUAUAUCGCAUGCACAUCGCUCUUAUUUUAGAUUUGCAAAUGAUACAGAUAAUAUCAAUGAUUUAAUCAGCAUUUCUAAAUAAACUCACUGUUAGUAUUUGCAUCAAGUGUUUAAAAAUGUUUGUUUUGAAGAAAUACAUUUAGCCUAUAAUCUGAAUUUUGCU